AUGAAUGCUGAGACUUGCGUCUCUUACUGCGAGUCGCCGGCUGCUGCCAUGGACGCCUACUACAGCCCGGUGUCGCAGAGCCGGGAGGGCUCGUCGCCUUUUAGAGCAUACCCCGGCGGUGAUAAGUUCAGCACAACUUUCCUGUCGGCUGCCGCCAAAGGGCAGGGAUUCGGGGACGCCAAGAGCCGCGCCCGCUACGGCGCGGGGCAGCAGGACCUGGCGGCACCCCUGGAGAGUGGCGCCGGAGCGCGGGGCUCCUUUAACAAGUUCCAGCCCCAGUCGCCGGCACCGCAGCCGCCGCCGCCGCAGCCGCAGCCGCCGCCGCAGCCACCCGCGCAGCAACCGCAUCUCUACUUGCAGCGAGGCGGCUGCAAGACGCCCCCGGACGGCAGCCUCAAACUCCAGGAAGGCGGCGGCGGCCACAACGCGGCCUUGCAGGUCCCCUGCUACGCCAAAGAGAGCUCCCUGGGUGAGCCAGAGUUGCCGCCCGACUCUGACACCGUGGGGAUGGACAGCAGCUACCUCAGCGUGAAGGAGGCUGGGGUGAAGGGGCCCCAGGACCGGGCCAGCACCGACCUCCCCAGCCCGCUGGAGAAGGCGGACUCCGAGAGCAACAAGGGCAAGAAGCGACGGAACCGAACGACCUUCACCAGCUACCAGCUGGAGGAGCUGGAGAAGGUCUUCCAGAAGACCCACUACCCCGACGUGUACGCGCGGGAGCAGCUGGCCAUGAGGACCGACCUCACCGAGGCCCGCGUGCAGGUCUGGUUCCAGAACCGGAGGGCCAAGUGGAGGAAGAGGGAGCGUUUUGGGCAGAUGCAGCAGGUUCGAACCCACUUCUCCACGGCCUACGAGCUGCCCCUCCUCACCCGAGCGGAGAACUAUGCCCAGAUUCAGAACCCGUCCUGGAUCAGCAACAACGGGGCUGCCUCACCAGUGCCAGCGUGCGUGGUCCCCUGUGACCCUGUGCCCGCCUGCAUGUCCCCUCACGCUCACCCCCCCGGCUCUGGGGCCAGCGGCGUCACCGACUUCCUGGGUGUCUCUGGGGCUGGCAGCCACGUGGGCCAGACGCACAUGGGCAGCCUGUUUGGAGCCGCGGGCCUCAACCCGGGCCUCAACGGCUACGAGCUCAACGGUGAGCCAGACCGCAAGACGUCAAGCAUCGCGGCCCUCCGCAUGAAGGCCAAGGAGCACAGCGCGGCCAUCUCCUGGGCCACAUGA